AUGGCCAAGACCUUCCAGAAGUACUGCAAGCCAAAUGCAUCUCUGGCAUAUUCAGGCCAGCCUGAAGACGUCAUUACACAAACAGAAGUGGUCCACGCUUUGCCGGGUACUAACGUGACCCUGGUGUGCAGCUUCCCAAAAUCACACACCACCUACAUAAUACAGACACAGUGGUCCAAGACUGAUGACACCCAGCUUACCAGAAUAGCUGUUUAUCACCCCAUUUAUGGCACCCAUUACUUCACAUUUCCUGAGGCUUCUCACAACUUUUCGGUGUCCUUCAGCACAAGGAAGUGCUGCAACUGGGAUGCUACAGAGGCUUUGUGUUCCCCCAGUCCAAACGUCACAUCUGAGUGCAAUCGGUGGGCUCUGUAUCUGAAAAACGUUACCGUCUCCCUUAGCGGGCAGUACGAGUGCAGUUUUGCUACUUACCCACAUGGGACAAAGGCUGCAAAAAUUCAACUUAUUGUCAAGGCAGAAGAGGAGCAGCACUACGUGAAGGAAGUGUGGAUAAACCAGACCUUAGAAAUUCCAUGCCUUGAGGACACGACGUCAGAAAAUUUGUCCAGUUAUCCUUUGAAAUGGCUAGUGGGGGAAAAUGGCAGGAAAGAGGAACUUGUGACCAAGGAGCCCUCCUCUCCUGCAGUGUGCAGGAAUGGCAGCACGCUGUACAGGCAAAGAGUCCACCUGACUUUGAAUAACGCUCUAAAGAUUUUCCCCAUCAAAAUCACAGAUGAUGGCAGAGUGUUUUCCUGCCAUGUGGUGUACCACCCAGAGAGAGUCCAGAAGAGCAGCACCACCGUGAGAGUAUUUGCCUACCCUGAGAUCUCUGUUAGCCUGCAGGAGGGCUCAGCUGGCAUCUUGCAGAAGCCUAACGUGAGCUGCAUUGUGAGGAAGGCAUUUCCCAAGCCGAGCAUCCUAUGGUACGUGGACAGAGUGAGCCUGACGGAGCAGCCUGGAGAAAUUUCUGUUGAACAAGAAGACUCACAAGACAGUGACGGUUUCUAUCAGCUGAGAUCAACACUGAUGUUGCAAGGGACCCACCAGACACAUAAGAUGUUCUUGUGUGCAUGUCUGUUUUCCUCUUUUGGGAAUGAAACAUGGAAUAUUUCAUCAGAAGAAAUAUUUGUUUCCCUCGACCUUGGAAAUUCAGCACUUCCAUCAGCUGUCAUGACUACCUCAGAGCAACAGUCAACAUCUUUGGCAUCUCUAGAUUUCACAAGUCAAGCAAGCUUGGUUCCUGCUUCCACGACACAAGUAGCGCUGAUUUCUACUGCAGAGACAGAAAGCUAUACCAGUGCCACAGCAUUCCGUGAGAGUUUGACAACAGCACGUAACCUGUCCUUCAGCAUCACAGACCAGCCAAUUUCAGUUACCAAGGGGAAAGAUUUCUUUACUACCAGCAGUCUGCUCAAUAGUACUGGAGGCGCGAGGAACAUGAAAGCCAGUCACUUCCCCUGGCCAACAGUGGUAGCCGUCCUGCUCCUCUUCUGCAGUUUUCUAAUAGCUUUAGGCAUCAGGAAAUGGUAUCAGUACCAGAAAGAGAUUAUGAACAGACCUCCGUCUUUCAAGCCACCGCCACCUCCGAUAAAAUACGCCUCCAUGGUGGAGUCUGAUGGGACUCCCCCAUCCUGCCACGAACUGGAAAACCUGUAA